AUGUUCAAUCCAAAAAGAACGCCACCUAAAGCUGUACUGCGAUCGGAGCAAUCGACUUCAGAGCCGGACUUAGCAAAAAUAUCUAAAACACCAUCGGAAUAUGAGGUGACUGGUGCGAAUCGUAAACGUAAGCAGCCGGAGUGCGAACACGCUGAACAAAUAGCUACUAUGGAUGCAAAUCUGACGAAAACUCUAAGUGAAUGGAAGGCCAGUUUAGAUGCUAACUUAUUAGUUAUUAAUGACAAUAUAAAAAGUAUAAGGGGCGACUUAGAGACGUACAUGAAUGAAAUAAAGAAAGAAAUGGACUGUCUUCGCUCUGAAAAUAUCUCAAUCAAAGCAACCGUGUCUAAGUUGACUGAGGAGGUUUCUGAAAUUAAAUCAUCUUGCCAGUUCAUCUCAAACCAAUAUGACGACUGUCAGAAGAAAUUUCAAAGCUUGGAAGAAAGUACUCCGCUUCGAUGCGAGAUAAAAACCCUUGAAGCCAAAAUAGACUACUUGGAGCAGCAAGCUAGAGAGUGUAACCUGGAGAUAUCUAAUGUUCCGGAACGGCGGGAGGAAAAUUUAUUCUCUAUUUUGGAAGAAAUCGGCAAAAAGAUUGAUUUGGCUAUACCACGUGAGGAAAUUACUGCCAUACAUAGAGUGCCUCAUGCGGCGUCCAGCGAAAGGCCUAAAAAUAUAAUCGCUAAGUUUAAGACACGUUAUCUAAGAGACAAUAUACUAAGCGCCUACCGACUCAAAAAAGGUGUCAUCUCGACUGACUUAGGCAUUCUAGGUGCACCCCGUACUGUAUAUGUGAACGAGCACUUGACUCUCCAUAAAAAACAACUGCUGCGAGAGACACGCGAGGUGGCUAAGAAAUAUAAUUGCAAGUUUGUAUGGGUCAAACACUCUACUAUCCUUGCUAAACGAUGUGAAACCUCUCCUACCAUAGCCAUUAAAACCAAAAACGAUUUAUGUAAAAUUACGACUAGCAAUAUUAGUUAA